AUGUGUAAAGAUUUUCCUACCUCAUUAAAAGGACAGACACUUAGUUGGUUCACAAGACUCGCCCCAGGAUCGGUGGACUCCUUCACAACCUUGUCCUCUCGAUUCGUAAUACAGUUUGCCACGAGCAGACCCCAUCAGCUCACCUCGAUUGCACUGGUCAAUAUCCACCAGGAAAAGAAGGAACCUCUAAGAACUUUCAUGGAGCGAUUCGGGAAGAUGACCAUGUCUAUCCGAGAUCUAGACCCAGCGGUGGCAAUGCACCACCUCACUACGACAUUAAGGCCAGGCCCCUUUGUAAACAACCUAUGUAAAAAGUCGCCCCGAGACCUGGACGACCUAAGGCAGAGAGCCACUAAGUACAUGCAGAUGGAAGAGUUGGUCGAGUUCAGCAAUCAGAGCCGGUCUGACCUCUUCCUCGAAAAGAAAGAAGCUGAAAAAAAGCACCCUCUAAGGUCUCGUCCCCGAGACGCACUCAAUCGAGAGAGGAACAAUAGGGGACCCAGAUAUGCACAAUACACGCCGCUCAACACCAACAGGACCAAGGUGUUGGAGCAGGCCUUGGCCACAGAAAUCCUCACAGUGCCCUGCCGUGCUAUGACUCCACCCCACGCGGAUAGGACCAAAACUUGCUAG